UGUUCCGUUACCAAAUACUAAGUCAAUUUUUUUGUGAUUUGUUAGUCAAGCACGUAAAAACGUGUGUAUUCUGCACAUAUAUCUGAUUGUUCAAAAUGCCUAAUUAAAUUGCACGCAAUUGAUAUGUAAAUUAACCAAAAUUCUUGCAUUAAUGUGAAAACUUUAAGCAAAUGCAUGCUUAAUAAGGGCCACACAUCGAAGAGUUAUUGACGCCGUAAAGAGGGAACAACGCCAUCAACAGUCAUUUUGUUUCUAAUUCGUUGAGGUGGCACACGGCAUAAAGGAGUUUUGAGCAUUUUAAAAAAGGAAACAUUUGAUCCAAUAAUCGUGAAUUUGCCGUGCUUUUUUUUUGGAUAAUUGUGUUUUUUUUAAAAUGGCUUACGUUUUAGGACAACUGUAUAAUGUCUACAGAACAUAUUUGGUCGAAUAUUCGGAUCCAAGAACCGACGAUUUGCCACUGAUUAAUUCACCGCUCAUAAUUUUCGCAAUAUGUGCCUCCUAUCUGUAUAUCGUUCUAUCGUUCGGUCCACGAUUUAUGAAAGACAGAGCUCCAUUCCAAAUAAAGUCCAUUUUAAUUGUGUACAAUGCAUUCCAAAUCGUUGCCAACAUUUUUGUGUGGAUUUAUAUUUUCAAAGUGACAUAUUAUCAAGGCACAUUCAAUCUGAGCUGCAAUUCGCCAACACCACAAAACGAUCGGAGUGAAAAUGCCAUGCAUCAAGUAUUGGCCACAUAUUGUUAUUUCCUUUUGAAAGUGCUCGAUUUGCUGGAUACUCUAUUCUUCAUUGCUCGUAAGAAAUUCAGCCACGUCACCUUUUUGCACGUUUACCACCAUACGGGAAUGGUUUUCGGUGGAUUUAUUGCUUCACGUUUUUGUGCGGCGGGCCAUGGUACAAUGCUUGGAAUUUUGAACUGCUUCGUACACGCGGUCAUGUAUGGAUACUAUCUGUUCAGUGCGCUCGAUGAGAAUGUGAAAAAAUCCAUUUGGUGGAAAAAACACAUCACACAAAUUCAACUCACACAAUUCCUGUUGCUGGGAGUUCACUUUUCUAUCUGUAUUUUUGUUGCCGACUGCACCUAUCCAAAACUGUUUUGCAUCAUAAUGGCCCUCCAGAAUUUAUUCAUGAUGUUCAUGUUUGGCGACUUCUAUCGGAAGACAUACUUACUCAAGAAAAUGGAAUAA